GUCGUUAGUCGCCUUCCCGAUUGAAAUUGAAUGUAGCGGUUGACGAGUGUCGGCGGUCGUUUGGUUGCUUAAGUCGGCCCGGUGCGGCGCGUCAGCGUUGCAUACUGAAACCCUAGGGUGCGGGUCAGUGACCAUGGCAGACGCCACUGAGGGCGUGUGGGCGCCGUUUGUGAAGCUGAACCAGCUCGUAACCGACGUGGUGGUCAACAAAGAUGUCAGCCAGCUGCCCGAGCUGGAGGCGGCGCUCCGUCGGCACAAGACAAACUUCAUCUCACUGCUGAAAAACCCAGCGCCCAGCGCCGCGGACCGGGCGCGGCUGAAGAAGGCGCCCAAGGAGGGGCUCGACGGCGCCGGCGGCGAGCUGCUGCCGCAGCUGGUGGUGGACGAGGCGCUGAUCGUGUCGGACCUCUUCAAGCUGAACGAGCUGACAGCGCUCCACCUCCUGCAGACGGGCGAGGCGCAGCGGCCCCACUACCCAGGCCUGACCCGCGGCCUGGUGGCCAUCCUGCUCUACUACGACGGCCGUCGCGCCCUCGUCACCGCCCUCAAAACACUGGUCCAGGCGAGGCAGGGCAUCUGCUGGACGUCAGAUCUGCCGGAGAACAUAUCGGCCCACGUGACCAUGUACACCGACAAGAUUCUCGGCGAUAACAUGCUGGACAAGAUACUGGAGCUGCUGCCCACACUCGACUGGGAGUGCGAGGUGAAGAAACUGGAAGAGUGCCGCGCGCUGGGCAGUGCCCGCUUCCUGCGCCAGCUGUCUGACAUGCACGCCGAGACGCGCCAGGCGCUGGCCGACACGGUGCUGUGUUGGACGGCCCAGGCGCCGCUGGCAUGGCCGCUGACCUGCCGCCUGCUGGAGUACAUCCGCGGGGUCAAGGUGACCGGACGGGCCGGCCAGCUGGGCAAUGUUGACCUGACGCUGCUGAUGGCUCUGCUGUAUAGCAUCAGCGUCUCCCGGGUGCUAAAACGACAAGGCGCCGAGACGCUGCUACGUCAGCUGCCGCUGCUGGCGGACGCGGAGCUGGCGCCGCAGCUGCACGCCCGGCUGGCCGAGGGCGAGGCGCGCCUGGAGCCGGAGAGACCGGCGCACGAAGAGCCCUGGCAGACGCCCGGUCUGCGCGCCGUGCUCCAGUUCGCCUGGGCCAUGACGCUCAGCUCGCUCCGGCCGCUCGACUACGCUUGCAGAGGUUCUGGGAAUGGAGAGCUGGCCAGGAUCAUCGAGAAGGACGAGAUCCUGGCAGACAUGGCCAUCAAGGACGGGGCUUUCCUCCAUAUGCGGGAGAAGAUGCUGGCCAAUGAGAUGUUCCACACAGAGGAAUUUUUCGUGCGGCACCUGCACGACCUGAUGUCGGAGCUGAUGGACGCGAUGCCGCUCAAGCUGAAAGAUCUGCGCAACCGCGCCGACGAGGCGGCGCACACCAUCCAGAUGCACCAGCAGGAGGGUCUGGAGCCGCCCGAAAACCUGCCGCGGCAUUUUGAGCAGCUGCUCCGGCUGCUGACGGCUCUGUACGAGCGCGACCCGCUCGGUCUGGGGCUGUCGCGCGGGUACUGGGUCACCGAGGCGGCCAACCACAGACAGCCGUCGCUGCACAAGUUCGUGCGGCUGGCCGGUGACCUGCUGCCGCCGCCGCUGUUCGUGCCGUACGUGGAGCUGCUGGCGGCGCUGGCGGCCCCGUCCAUGUCGCGAGUGGAGACCUACGCCAGCGCGACACCCGCCUCCAAAGGCUUGACGGCGCGGCAGCUCAAGGACAUGGUAGCCAUGCUGCGCCUGGUGGCCGUCAUCGCAGAGAACGACGCCUCGUCGCGGCUGGUGAUGUGCGAGACGCCAUCGUGGCCGCCGCUGGUGGUGAUGCUGCGCCUGCAGACGUGCUCCGUGCCCGGCCAGGCGAAGACGCAGCUGCUGCUGACGCUGGCGGCGCUGGCCCGCUCGCCCGAGGUGGGCCAGGCGCUCUGGCAGGGCCUGGAGCAGGCGCAGGUUCUGCAGACCACCCACGUCAUGCCCGGCCAGCAGAUGGAGCUGGAAGAGGUGGAGGCGCGCGCCGAGCAGUUCGCGCAGACGCGCGCCUUCCUGCGCCUGCUGUCGGUGCUGGUGGACUACGAGGUGGCCGCCGACUGCUUGGAGAUCCUACUGAAGCUGGUGAACACCUACGACCCGACGGCGGGCGAGCUGGGCCUGAGCGUGAACGGUGACCUGACCUCGGGUCAGCCGGGCGCCGCCGUUGUGCUCCAGCUGAUGCAGCGCUCCAAGCUACUCAAGCUGGUGGGUGUGGUGCCGUCCGAGGCGGCAGAUGGACGGGCCGUGGCGGCCGGCUGCGUCACUGGCCAGCUGGUGGCGCUGUUCUCGGCGGACGCCGACACGUUCGCCGAGGUCAUGUACUCGUUCGUCGAGAGUCUCGACGCGGACGUGGUGCGUAUGGUGUGA